UUCUGUGAAAAAAAGAAAACAAAGGUGAAAAAGAUGAAUCAGGAACGUCAAAUGAAGAAAAUUUUGCGGCGACGUAAGUGAAAAGUGGCAUAUUUUGUUCGCUUGGCACAGUUAUUUUGGACUGUUUGGGUGAAAAAGUGGCCAACGUUAACGAGUUCGGUGCGAUACGACAGCUCUUCCGUUCCCGGAAGUAAACCGGAGUAAUGACGGAGUUUUGCGAUGAUGUUAUCAAAUUGUUCCCUCUGCGGGCCAUUCCGGACGUGAUUAAGUUGUUCCGCCAGCAGUUGAACAAUCGGGAAGAGGAACCGGAUUUAACGCUGCUCUCGAUAGUGACGGGAUUCAUUGAGCACUCGUUGACGACGAAGGUGCUCGAAUCUACGCCACCAGCAGCGGGACCAGGAAACCAACACCCGAACGUUGAUGGGGUUAGCAACUUUCCCGUCAUCAAGUACGAUGUCAUCGAAGGGCUGUACAAAAAAUUUAAAUUGGUGCUAGCACCCAUCGAGAAACUUCUUGUCAAAAACACGACGGAUUCCAAGUUUGCUAGUCGAGAAAUAAUCAAAAAAGUCUCGGAUAUAAUAUGGAACUCGCUUUUGCGAAGCUCAUAUAAAGAUCGCGCUCAUCUGCAAAGUCUUUAUAGCUAUCUGUGCGGCAAUAAGUUGGAUUGUUUUGGAGUAGCUUUUGCGGUAGUUGCCGGAUGUCAGAUGUUGGGUUAUAGAGAUGUCCAUUUGGCAAUUUCCGAAGACCAUGUGUGGGUGGUAUUUGGUAAAACUGGCGAUGAAACUAUAGAAGUUACAUGGCAUGGAAAAGGUGCAGAAGAUAAACGAGGUCAAUCGGUGUCACCCGGAGUGGAAUCCCAAACGUGGCUUUACGUAGCUGGCAAUCCGGUCGUAUGCAAUCGGUACAUGGAAGUGGCUGCGAUUGUUUCAGCCAUCAAUCCAUCGCUGACGGCGACGAGUGCUUGCUUGGAGGUAGCCGAUUUGCAGCAGCAGCUACUGUGGCAACUGUACGACAUGGGACAUCUGAAGAAGUACCCGAUGGCCCUAGGCUGUCUGGGAGAACUCGAGGAAGUCUCUCCGACCAGUGGAAGAAAAAGCUGCGAAGAACUGUACAACGAAUCAGUUCGAUCGGCACAGACGUACUACAAAAAUCAUCACGUUUAUCCGUACACCUACCAGGGAGGAUUUUACUAUCGAAGAAACAAGUACCGAGAAGCGUUUGCCUCGUGGGCUGACAGUAGUGAUGUGAUCAGACUUUACAAUUAUUCUCGAGAUGACGAAGAAAUUUACAAGGAGUUUUUGGAUAUCGCCAACGAAUUGAUCCCACAGGUCAUGAAACUGGAGAGUUCGGGUCAUUCUGCUAAAAGUAUUCUGCGAGAUUCGCAUUGCUUUGCCAAUUUGCUACGGUUUUACGAUGGAAUCUGUAUGUGGGAGGAAGGCAGCCUGACACCGAUCUUGCACAUUGGCUGGGCCAAACCGUUGGUGGCGACAAUUGCCAAGUUUGAUCACGAUAUCCGGUCGCAGGUGAUCAUCAAAUGUGGAGAACAUUCUCCUCGGGUCUUUCAUAACCAGAUCAAUGGAGACCAUACGGAGAACCGCAAAACGUCCAGCGGACCAAUAACCAACAAUAACAACAAUAAUAACGUUUUAAACAAAUCGGACGCAAACCUGGAGAAUGGUAAACCAGGUUUACCUAAAUCGUUAGAGGCUCUGGUUGGUAAGUGUGGGGAAAAACUUUUAAAUCCGGACUUUCUACUUCAGGGUGGUGGUCAACCGUUCACUUCGGAGGACAGCGAGAUGGCUGCGAGUGAAGCAAAUGGUAAUUCGGCAAAAAAUGUCAAGAAGGAAAAGUUGACCGAUAAGAAAGAACCAAUUACUAAAGUUGAAGUUCAGGUAGAAUUGAAGAACGAAUCACUCGACCUGGUAGAAUCGGAGGAUGGUGGCCCCAAGAGGCCUUUAAUCACUCUGUACAGUCAAAAGAUGAAAGGUCUCAAAGAUUUGCUUUUGGCCGAAAAGCUGAACACCAACGCCAUCUCGCUUCAGAUCACGGCCCAAAGUCAGGUUCAGGUAGGUGGCAAAAAAUCUCGCUCCCAAACUGGUAGUGGAAUUGGGGUACAGCAGGGAGGGCCCCAGGAAAAUGAGACCAGUACCCGCUCUAAACGUGCCCGAAGGGAGUAAGACGGGACUUCCUAGUUUAGUUAACGGAAACAUUCCCUGAGUUCUGCUUUAUGCUUGAUCUUUUUGUGAUUGCUUUAGACUAGUACUACUAUUACUUAUUGGUAUUUCUUGAGCACUUCAAAAGUGCCCAAUUUUAACUUCGUUAAGGUUGAGAUUUUCACGCUAUCGCCUAAAUAUUCUCGAGUAAGCAUUGUGAUGCCAUUUUUUACAAAAAAAUCAAGUCUAUUUAUAGUUUUAAUCGUUAACUGAUUCUGUUUUUCUAACCUGUUUCUAUUGUUUCUAUUUAUUGAAGUUUUUCGUUGAUGAUUGGUUAGCAAACUAACUAACGUUUCCUUGUAAAGGAAAGCACAAUUCCCGAAUGACAGAUUUAUCAUCUAGCGGCGAACGGCUGACUGUUUCGUAGAUUAAAUCUAGACCAGCCAGUCGGUCCGUCCCCUCCCCAAUUUGUAUGGCAGAUGAAUUUUUAUGAAUGGAAAUUUGAGUAUACGCGAAAAUUAUAUCAUGGACAGAAUACAUCACUUGGGACAAGCAACAACAAAAAAAAAACAAAAAAAUACAAUCGAACAUUUCGACCUCAAUCAUUAAGCAAAACAGCUUUCGACCGGAAAUUUAAAGUACAAAAAAAUGCUGAAUUUUUCGGAAACUUCUUCUUGGACAAAAUUUUAACCAGCUUCUAAAUUAAGAUAGUCAAACACCAGAAAAAAACAGUAGCAAAAAAAAUUAGGUACCUUAAAAAGAAUUGGUAAAUUAGUGCACGAAAAGAAUUGGAACUGACACAUCUAACGAUUGGACCAUUUUGGUAAGAAUCCGCAAAUUGGAAUAUGUCGGACAGGGUGAUUGAGGAUGACCAAUGAUUGAUGAACCGGAAUAAUCUACCGAGAAAAGAAUCAAACCCACGAACAGAUCGUACAUUUUAGAUGUAAGCAUCCGCGGUUAAUUUGACAACAGUAGGUAUCAUAAAGGAUCAAAUCUACUGCAUCGUAGUUAAGGAAUUUAUUUAGAAACGCUCUGCUUUUGGAUCGUGUUUUUUUUUUGGCUUUUGUGAUUUAUUUUUUUCCGUCUGUCUAGCAGAGAUGCACCGAUUAUAUAUCGAAGAAUGAGUCAAGUAAGAACAAGCCGUUUACUAAAAGAAAGAAAAAACACUACAAUGAUCAACUACAUGGGGUUGUUCGAGCUAUUGAUUUGAAACAAGGCGACCAAAAUUUUAUGAGAUCUGGAAAUCGUCGAGUCUCAUGUUUUUGUAUCUUCUUCACUAUUUAUCCUAGUCCUUAGUAAACGUCAAUCUUGUUCGAAACGCAAACGCUUCACGCACAAUUCGUUCGAUGUUCGCAUGUUUAAACUUGAAUGUAAUUGUACACGCAGCAAAAUUGUGGAUGUUUGAAAAAAAAAACCGAUUAGUUGCCCGUCUAACCAGAAAAUAGUUGUUUCAAUCCGAGAUACUCCAGAUUGGAUUAAAAAAUUCUUGUUUUUAAACUAGAAUAUGGUUGUUCCUUACAAAUGUUGUUUUUUUUUUUCAAAAAACAUUGGUUCAAUCAAACUUGCAAUGUUAUUGUCACAAUAUCAACAAAAAAAAGUUGGAAUUAAUCAUUAUUUUUUCCUAAAACACUAUUCCUGCGUGUAAUUAUAUCGCUACACUGAAAAGUCAUGUAUAUUUGAACUAUCACUAAUUUGAAAUUCAUAAAAUAUACACUUCUCAUAAAAUGAAUAAAAAAAACUGUUGAUAUUUAGUGGAAAUUAUACUACAAUUAUCUGAAAUGCACAUCAAAACGAUAGGAUAUAUUGUUACCUCUAGAUUCGAUAUGAUUUUCAUACGAAUGUCACGUUGUUUUCCGCAUAGAUUUCAAUAGAAACACAGCUGACCGAAUUAAGUGUUUUGCACAUACAUUUGUGCUAUACUCAUUUCCACUAGCAAAAUGUAGUGUUAAACACAUGUAGUUCGAUUCAAUAGCAAAACAUUACAUCCAAAGGCUAAACACAUCGAAGCUAAGUGAAUAAGAAUGAAGUGAAUUUGUACACGAAAUCCUAAGACAAAUCGCUUUGGUUAUGUAUUGACAUGAAAAAGCAUAAUAAGUGCUAAGCCAACUGCUAACUGUCAUUUGCUUACACGCCCUAUUGAAAAAUAAACCGAGAUUUGUAAGGUUUUACCACCAGCACUCGUUCAAACUCAAAUAAAUCGAAAAAAAUCGUCCAAAAAUUUGCUAAAACAUAUUAACAAGAUAUCUAGCUCUCAAAUUUCACGAACAAUUCAAUUCAUAGCAACAUCUUUUUUUGCGAACAUGGCGCCCUCAUGCGAGUCCGCAUCGAAUUUUGUACAUACAACAUACAAGUAGGCAAAGACAUCAUAUUGACAAGAUAUCCAGCUCUAACAUUUCCCGAACAAAUCAUUGGCAACAUCCUUUUUUACGAGCAUGUCGCCCUCAGGUGAGUCUGCAUCGAGUCUCAUACAUAGAAGUAGGGGAGAGAAAUGUCAAAUUCGUGCGCGCCAAAAUAGCAGCACUGCGCAACCAUAAAAUUCUCGGGUAAUUUUUCAAAAGGGCGUAUAAGCAAGUGACAGUUUCUCUUUAAUCAAUUUAUCUUUCGAUUAUUGUGAUGUGAUUAAAAAGAUUUUCUUUGAUAUCACUAUUCUUUUUUUUUUUGUUUUUGAUUAUAGAGGUUUUAACCUUAAGGUCAUUCACCUCUUCGGGCCCGAAAAACUUUCUGACCCUAUGUGCGGGGUUGGGAAUCGAACCCAGGCGGGCUGCGUGAAAGGCAUCGACUUACCCAUCACGCUAUAUCCGUCCCCAAUAUCACUAUUCUGUUUGAAAGUCGAAAGUUUCGGGUAUCAUUUCAUGCAAAGAGUUGAGUGAUAAACGUGGAAACCGCUUGGUAAUUAAUAGAAGAGAAAGUAAAAAAAAGAGAAACUGUCACUUGCUUACACGACCUUUCGAAAAAUUAACCGAGAAUUGACAUGAUAUGUUCAAUGCGAUGUUAUGCGAUGGCGUUGCUGAACUGAAGAUUGAUUUCACUUAAAGCUGACAGGGUCUGAUAAAAAAACUCUGUAUGAAAUGUUCAAAACGACGAAUGUAACAAUGAGAGACACUCUUUGUUUAGUUUCUCUUUCGAAUAUUGCGAAAUAUUCCUGCUUUUUCGGUAGUUUCUUCAGUGCAGAUUGAAAGAUGAUAGCCUUAGUUAUUAUUAUCGGUAAAUAGUUGGAGAGAAGGUUUGCUAAGAUUACCGUAAUAAUCGAAAGAGAGAGUAAACAAAGAGAAUCUCUCAUUGUUACAUUCGUCGUUUUGAACAUUUUAUGCAGAACUGUCAGAGCGUUGAGUUGUUUUGUACCGCUGGCUGUCAAGGAGCAAAAUUCGUCUGACGUGUCUCAUGUGAGCUCGACGCAUUAGCAGUCAUUUCACUUAUGAUUAUAGACUCAUGCAGAGUCGCUUUGGCUUUAAAUGACCAAUUUAAAUAUCAGAAACCUUCGGAAUCAUAGUCUUUGUUGGGGAAAGCCUAUAAGCUGGCAUCGCCGAAUUCUGAAUUCGCGAUGGAUUUUUCUAAUGACCCUAUAUUGCCCACACUCGCAUAUCAGUCCCAUAUCGAUUUAAGCCAAUAUUGAGUUAGCUUGAGGAAUGAAAUCUAUCCUCAAUAUACUCUCAGAAAUUGCAAUAAAAUUUGAGGAUUUGUUCAAUAAAAUGUGAAACAUUAUCUACUCAUGUCUGUCCCAUAUGCAAAAUACUCGCAUGUCAGUCCCAUGCAGUGCAAAUUUCAAUAAUUUCAUUUGUUGCAAUAUUGGAAUAGUAAUGGUGCAUUGCCGAGCAAAAGCAUUGAAGUAUUUCAAUAGUACACUAUUGAAAAACCUGUCUCAUUUGACCCAUGUCAACACCAGCCAAUCAGAACGCGAUCUGAGGAAGAGAACAAAAUAUCUGCUGCUGUACAACAAAUCGUUCGAGAAAAAUGUUCCGAAAAGUGGUGAAUAUCGUAGUGAGUUCCUCAAUUCGGUCCUUCUGUAUGCUAGAAACGAAUCCCUACAGCAUAUUGAUAGUUUCUUUCAAUAAAUUAUGCAAAUCCGAAAUGAAAUAUUCGACAUUUAAAUUCUGUAUGCGGCUAUUUUUAUAGCCGUUAGGACCGCCCAUUAGUGAAAAAGCUACAAACGAAAUCACGUAAAAGAAAGCUCCUAACCAAAAUUCAGUUUGGAUUCUACCGCCAAUGCGAGCAGAUGUAUUUUGUGCCGUUUGCAAAGCUAGUUUCGCUUCCGACAAGAGCGAUUACGUCACAGCUGCCAGUCAUUUGCAUGGAUGAAAAAGCAACGGUGGAGAGCAUUACAAAAAAUCAGCCGUUCUAAUGGCUCUAAAAGUUUUCUGGAGAACUAUUAGGAUUUGUUGUUCGCAAAUCGAAGGUAAAUAUCCUCAGUUUAGUGCAAAUCUAGAACAGUUUGGUUAGAUUUGUGCACUUUUCGCUGUGUGAAAUUCACAGUAAUCGAGAUCAAGUGAAGACUUCUUUUUUUGCGAGAAAUGUUCCGGAGUUUAAUGUCGUAGAGAAUUACGCAAUUUGACCCUUCUGAAUGCUGGAAACGAAUCCCUACAGUAUAUUGAUAGUUUCUUUCAAUAAAUAAUGCAAAUCCGAAAUGAAAUAAUCGACAUUAAAAUUCUGUAUUCGGCUAUUUUUAUAGCCGUUAGAACCGCCCAUUAGUGAAAAAGCUACAAACGAAAUCACAGAAAAAGAAACCUUCACAAAUUCACAAUUCACAGUAAUCGAGAUCAAGUGAAGCCUUCUUUUUUGCGAAAAAUGUUCCAGAGUUUAAUAUCGUAGAGAAUUACGCAAUUUGACCCUUCUGAAUGCUGGAAACAAAUCGCUACAGUAUAUUGAUAGUUUCUUUCAAUAAAAUUAAAAAUUUCCGUAGACAAAAUCUACGGAAAUUUAAAUUUAUCAACGGAGAACUACGGAAACUAGUCUUGUCUGGCGAGCAAAAAAAAAUCUUUUCACCGCGAGAGCUUCCGAGAAAAAUUCCAAUCUACGGAAAUGACACUACUGCUAUCUGGCAUCACUGAUUCUAUCGCCACUGCGAGCAGAUGUGUUUUGUGUCGGUUAGAUUUGUGCACUUUUCGCUGUGUGAAAUUCACAGUAAUCGAGAUCAAGUGAAGCCUUCUUUGUUUUUGCGAAAAAUGUGAAAAAGGGGAAUGCUUGCAUAAUUCAUACAAUCGUUCAACUAAUUGAUAUUCGGAAGUGUUAAGGAACAUGUCAGUUGUUUUCGUAUUCAAGGCAUCCAGUUAUGUCUCUGACAUUACCCACCCGCCUUUUUUCUAUAUGGGACCUUUAUGCAAGUAUGGCAGUAUAUGCGAAAGACAGUUUCUCUUUGUUUACUUUGUUUUCUAUUAAUUUCUAAGCGGUUUCCACGUUUAUUAUUUAGCUCUUUGUAUCAAAUGAUAUCCGAGAGCAUCGACUUUCGAUCUGUAGUGUAGAAUCCAUGAAAAUCUUUAUAAAUGCGUAACAAUAAUCAUAGGAGGAAGUAAACAAAGAGAAACUCAUACGGCCAUUAUGAAAAUCUAUCGAGAAUUGUCAAUUCGUUUUCUUUUUAGAUUUUGCUUGUUUCCAUGUUAAGUUUUAUAUGAUUUCGAAAUGAAAAUAUAGCUAUAUAUGCAAAUCGGAAACUUUAAGUUUCUCGAAUACCAGUUCUUCCCUGAAUAACGCUGAUAUAAAGUGAUAUACUGAUAUAAUUGAUAUCCGAUGAUAUCAUGUUCCAUAUCAUUUGAUAUUCCAGACAAUUUGAUGUCAACGCAUAUCACCAUUUCAGCAAAAAGUCAAUUCGCGACUGGCAACACGGAUAAUGACAUUGAACGCACCUAUUUAUGAAUGUCACUUUGUGAGUGGCAAUAACAAUCAUAAUCAUAGAUGCCAUCAGAGAUUUACAGAUGAUGAUUUUUCUGUAAAUCUGCAGAUUUCGUAUAUAGUGCUGCAGACGUUGUUUUUUGCAGACUUUUAAAAUCGAGUUUUUCGCAAACUUUCGUCAAAAUUUACAGACUUGAAAUUGCGGCGACGUUUUGUUUUGCUCGCCAAAUCAGUUAUUCUUACCAUACUUUCCAGAGAAAUUGAAGCCUGCAGACAUUUUUUUAGGAUUUGCUGACUUUUGCAACACUGUAUGAAGAUAUUUGAAACGUUUACCUGACAUUUCUGCGUCUGAGAGAUAAUGAGGGAAUGAACGCCCAAUAUUGUGACGUUUAUACUAUUGCUGGUUGCCAGCAUGCUGGCGCCAGUAUGCUUACAUGCCAGCAGCUGUCAAUGUCUACACUAUUACUGAAAAUUUAUUGCUGGCAAAAUUUGUAAAAGUUGUAAAAAGCAAUGACAUGUAUCCCUUAAGUACUUAAAUCAUUAUUCUGUUGAUAUUGACCCACUUUACGCGAACAAAUUUUUUCAACUGAGAAAAGCACGGAAUACGUACGAGAACUGUAAUAUUUCCAUUCCGUCGCCAUUUGAAUUUCCUUGUCAGUAUGUAAUUUAGAACGUUCAGAAAUUUUCAUACUGGCAACAACCAGCAGCUGACAAGCGUUUACAUUAUGAUGGUAGUAUACCUGGCUGCCAGCAGAAGGGACAUAUGUUUGCUGUAUUUUUUAAAUGGAUUCGUUGAAUCGCGAACGAAUUUUUGACAGUUGAAUUCACCGAAUUUGGCCGACAGGAGGUCAUUGUUUAAUUAUUUUAAAUAUGAGGCUUUGGAUUGCUGUUUAAUCACGAAGUUCAAUAAACGCUCAACAUUCAAUAAAAUUCUUGUGGGAGUUGGUAAAUCCGCUUAAAAUGGGCCUUUAAAGUGGGCAAAUCCGACAGAAUGCAAAAUGCGCAUUGAUAUGAAUUGAAUAAAUAUCAAAAUGAAUACUUCUGAAAACAUGCUCAAAAACUGUUCCAAAACGUAAAACUGAACUGUCUUUUGCGUUUUUUAAUAUUCCGCUUGAUUAUAGUCCAAUAUUUUUUAUGUCCUUGGACACCAUCUGGACGUCGUUCCAUGACCACUCCAUGUCAUUUUCAAUAAUGGUUAGGUCCCAAAUCUUUUCAAAACAAAACGGAGCUGUUGUAUUGCUCGACGACAGGCAACCGACAGUUGCCCAUACACUCUUUGCUUAUCGUCAUAAUGUGGAGUCCUUUUGUAAGUCCAAUUCGUUUUUCAGCUGGAUGAACGAUUGUAGACGACGUUUUCUGCUAGCUUACUACAGCUCGAACGAAGAGAAUGGGAUUUUUGCGAUCUCCAGUUUUCCAAAUUCCUUCAGUUCAGACUACCUUUCUGCCAACAAAUAUUCUCCGAAACUUUUCACCACGAUGGUAACAGUUAAAUUGGUCACAUAAACAGAAAAAAUAUCGCCAACUUGGCGUGCGAGUAGUUAGAAUUUUCAUGGUUUGUGAGAAAAUUUUUGACGCGUCACUUCGCUGACUUCGAUGCUAUUUCACAACUUUCAAAAAGUUAGCAUGAUAUUACUCACGUAGCUUUCAAGCUAAAAAAUGCGUCAAGUUGAAAUUGAUCAACUUUCGAUCGAAACACCCUUAAUUAACAGAGUUUAUUCAUCAAACUAACGCAAAACUAUUGAAAAUUCCUAUGGGAUUGAGUAUGGACAGUGUACUGCCUAUACUACAGUGUAGUGACGUACUAAUUUCUACACAGCAUUUUUUGACAGUUUAGACUGAAAUUUAACUUACAUCACUUUGGUUGAUCACAAGCUUUUUUACAUCAAUUUGGCCUCGAGUUUAAGCUUAUCGCUCAAAUGCGCUAUCAAUUACAAUACUUCGAGCAUACUACAAAUUCAAAAUGUCUUAAAAAUUUAAGCAAAAGUUUUUUUUUUUGUUGACUAUAACUUUCGGUAUAGUAUAUUUCGGUGCAUCUCUGUUAUACGACAAAAUUUCCAUACAGAAUAGAUAUUUUCGUCGUUUCAGUCCUGAGACGAUACUAAGAUGUUUCGCCUAACGUUUCGAGGAAAUCCGACUGAUUAUCUAGCAGAGUUAGGUUCAUCAUUUUUAUUGUUCCAAUGUGAGACAACAGGUUUACAGAAGAUCACAUUUUAGUUUACAUCUGUUCUUCCAAGUUUACAAAGUAUCGUUUUUUUCAAUUGGUGCUAGUUUUUUUUAUCAACUACUAUUCAAUUCAUUGUGCAAAUUUAUUUUUAUUCGCUACACGUGUGAGAUUGGUAACCAAACAGAUGUUUAGUGCUCUAAAUGUUUAGUUUUUCCUAUCCUAUAAUGCCGUAGAGGUGCACUAUUCUAAUGUUGAAAGUAGAAUAGCUGGUCAAUCCUAUAAUUUCCUAAGUAUUAUAAUCCAUUUUUAAUUUUGAGUCAACAGUGAGACGCUUAAAAUGAAUGUGUUUUGAACAUGCAAUGAAAUGUUGCGGUUAUGAGGGAUGAACAAAAUACACACUAGUAUAUUUAGGCUGUGAACCAUUUCGCGGUUAAUUUUAACUUUUGGUUGAAAUCUGACAUUCGAGUGGUUAUUUGGUGUCGAGUAGUUAAAUUCAACUAGAACUGCGGCCCAUUUCAAGGUUUGACGGACGGAAAGUUAUUUGGGUUUAUUUUCCACUGGAAAUAAUUUCAACUAAAGAAUUAAUGUUAGAAUUUUCAUUGCAAGAUUUUUUUAAGUGUCGGAAAAUAACCAUCGAUCAACAUCAAAAUAACCGCUUGAGUGUCAGAUUUCAACCAAAAAUUAAAAUUAACCGCGAAAUGGUUCACAGCCUUAGAUGUCAAACUCCACAUAAACAAUGAAUUCAAUAAUCAAAAUACGAAAAUAUUUAUCCGCAGAACUGAUUAUUUUAAAACAUUUUUUAUAAGAAAGUAUCAACAAUUCAAGAUACAGUCAUUUCCCUGUUUUAGUGAACAGCCACAAAAUCAUAGUACAAGCUUAAAUAUAUUAUUUGAUACCUCUCAUUCAACAAUUUAGCCGAUAGAACCAAAUGUGCUAUAGACUGCAUAACGUACCAGUUUUUAAUUUUUCGCUAGAAAGUUUAAACUGUUUAGGCUUAGUAGGCCAUUACGUGAAAUGUGACAUUAUCAGAGGCUAGUUAAUAGUUCGUUACACUCAAACAGUCAACGACGCUGAAUAGGCACUGACAGGAAACGCGCUGAUUCCUUCAACGUAAGAUCUUAUCUCCUUUUAAUUGUUAAGAUUACGCUUUGUUUCUUUUAUGAAAAGGAAAGUACGCUUCUAUGUUUUGCUAACUAUUGUUUCCGUGUGUUUAGCAUACACACCUUGCGCAAUUGACUAGAUAUAUACUAUUUAAGUUUAAGUUUUAACAGUAACUUUUAUCACAGAAAUAUGAAAAAACUGCAACAUAAUAUGAAACUCACAGAACGAACCAGUUUUCAGUGUUUUGUAAGCUUAGCAUUGGUCUCAAAUACAACUAAAUAAUCACAGAGCAAACCUGUAGUAAACUGAUGAAAAAUAUUAUUACCUAUUGUUAAUGUAAUAUAGAUAACUGUGAUCAGUAUAUGAAAUGUAUUUGAAAAUUCAGAAAACAAUAAAAUCUUAACAAAAAAAAAAUCAUUACAACUUAGAUACCUUUAAUGUGGAAGUAAAAACUUUUUUGACAACAGCACAGUAAUAAAACACUAAACUUUAGCAUAACGAGUAAAGUGGGAAAAGUGGAACUGCAAAUCAUGUAAAAAAACAUCUGAGAAGAGAAACAUACACAAUAUAAAACUAUAUAUAUUUUUGAGAUACUAUUCAUAUAUUUAUAUAGAAAAAAAUGGCGAAGAGAACAUUAGAAAACCUAAAAAAAAUCUUUUCGAUCAAGAAACUAGUUUUCCCAGUAAAAAAAGUAAAUGUUCUUUCUUAGCACUCACAUUUAAACAUAUUCUACAUCGUACACACAUUUAAAACGCCUGGUUAUUACAAAAUUAGUUUUUAGAAUGAGUUGAGCAUUUCAAAAAUAGAAACAAAUUAUCUUCAUAGUUGAAACUUGAUGUUAAAAUUUGUAAAUCCUAGUUACUUUGCCAAUGGAAACGAUGAAAUAUACUACUAAUUGUUUCAUGAGGUACAAAAAAUAGUUGUUUGUUAAAACAUGCAAUAACUGGAAAGGUGAUUAUAAAACGGUUGGACAUUUGGUUGAAUGGUAGUAAAGCACAUUUACAGUGACAUACACACACACAUACACUCGGAUGUAGCUGGAUACAAUCAUCAAUUUCACAGCGAAAAUAACUUUAGUAAUCGAUUCAAUACUUAACAUAUAGCAGUAUAACUAGGAAACCGAAAACCACAAAUAGCAGAAACCAUUGUAAAUGAGAAGCCAACCAGCAUAUGCCAUCUAGUAGACCACGUACUGUAUGACAACCUUGCAGAGAAAAUAAAGAUCAAAAGGAAAAGGCA